AUGUCACCGCCAAAAAAUAACAGUAGGAAAUUUAAUAAACCAAGUCGUGGUACUGGCCAUAGAUUUACUAAUGCACGAAUUCUUGCUGAAGAUGAAAGAAGGUUGAAUUACAAUAUUGAAGGUUUACAAACAUGUAUGAAAUUAGCAACAAAUACCAAAAAGACGAAUGCGGAAAGGAAAGAAUCUAGAAGUGAAGAUGAGGAUGAAACAUUAAAUAAAUCGGCAACAAAUCUUAUAGAGAUAGAUAAUCCAAAUAGAACAUUGAGGAAAGAUAAUUUAAAAGCAUCAGAUAUGUCAAAUAUAACACCUGAGAUGUCUCGUAGAGAAAGAGAGGCAGCAGAAAAAGAAGCAGCGAGGCAAAGAUAUUGGAAGUUGCAUAAAGAAGGUAAAACAGAACAGGCCAAAACUGAUUUAGCACGGUUAGCAAUAAUUAAAAAAGAGAGAGAAGAAGCAGCAAUGAAAAGAAAAGCCGAGGCUGAUGUAUUAGCCUUUGUUGCUUCGGAAAAAACGAAAUACCAUGAGCUACGUAUGAUUAAUAGUGAUGUUUACUUGCCAUUUUUGAACUUUGUGGUGUCGUUCACCCGUCAAAGUCCUAUUAAAAAAGAGAAAUCAUCAUCUGGUUUAUUAUCAAAUUUCUCAAUCGGCGUUCAUUUAAAUGAUAGUCCUUUUUUACGUAAUGAGAAAGUUAUUGAAGUUAAACCUGCUGAAGUUUUCAGCGAAAAAAGUACUUUUGAAAAAGAUUCUCCAAAGUUGAAUAGUGAAAAUAAAACCUCUAUUAUAGAUAAUAGUAAUAAAAGUAAAACACCAAUUAUCUCAAAAAAAAUUUCAGAUGAUGAAUAUUUAAUUGUAUCUAAAAAAACACUUGGGUAUAACCAAGCAAUUAUUUCACAUGAAAAUAUUCAGACUUCACAACCACCACAAAAAAUGCCAACAAAAGAUGAAUAUCAAAUAAUUGAUGCAGAUAAACAUCUUAUUAUGCAACAGAAAUUAAGAAAUUCUCCACCAUCGAAUAAUUUAUUGGAAAAAUAUGAAGGUUGUAAUGAUGAAGCUAUCCAAGAAAUUUACCAUUCAAAGAGUUUACAUUAUACAAAUCAUAAAAUCAAUAAUGCUAACAAUAAUAUUGAUGAUCCGGAUGUAAUUUAUUCAGAUUAUCAACAACAACAAAAAAAUUACAAUUUCACGUCUAACGAAAUUUUUAAUAAUGAUAACGAUUAUGAAUCAAAUCACCAUGAUAAUUAUAAUAAUAUGUUAUCAUAUAUGCCAAAAUCAUUUACAAGUCGUGAAAGAUCAACACCCCCUGAUGAUUAUGAAGUGUAUACAGCAAGAAAAUCUUAUUCUACCACUCCAUUACCAAUUAAUAAACGUGGUAAUUCAGUUGCUGAUAUCAAAGAACGGUUCAUGACGAAACAUAAUAGUAUUGAUAGCAAUAGAUCUUCUUCACCGCCAAUUCGUGAUUUACCAAGAUCUAUAUCAGGCAGAGUUAAUGAUAUAAAAUCAAAACUUGGGGAUGAGAGAAAUCGAUCAAUGAAUCCUUCUUAUCUCCAAUUACCAAAAUCAAAUCGUGGUGGAGAUUACCAUCGUAAUAACAUGAGUUAUAAUGAUAUUAAUAACAACAAUUUUUACAGUGAUGAUUUGCAAGAUGUUGAUGAACAUUUUAUUAAUAAUUCAGAAGAAAUUUUGACAUCUGGAGGGAAUCAUCAUUUGUAA